AUGUCUGACAAACGAAUUGUCCUCAACGUAGGAGGAAUAAAGUACGAAACCACAUUGUCAACACUUCUUGCUUAUCCGGAUACUUUUCUCGGCCGGAUGUUUCAAGCACGUAACGAUGAACUCUCUCACCCAACGAAUAACAAUGAAUAUUUCAUCGAUCGUGAUGGACAUGUGUUCCGCUAUGUCUUGCAAUAUUAUCGGACGGGGAAAAUAAUAUAUCCAGACAGAUAUUCAUCGUCUGGUAUAUCGAAAGAAGAGCUACUCAUUGAAUUAGACUUUUUCCAAAUUCCCAUUCCUCGUCUCGAAGACGAUGAAGAUGAAGACGGCGCAGAGUCUUCGCGCGAACCAAACUAUGCUGAUAUUCAAUAUGCGACAGCAUUGGAUCAGUUCGUCCUGGAUGUACAAAAUUUUUUCAGACAGAGAUUAUCUGAUGGCGAUCUCAUUGCAGAGAUAACCGUGCGGAGAGACAAAUAUUUUCCUCACGAUCAUUUGCCGAGAUACGGAAGGCUGCCGUAUUUAUUCUGUGAGGCAUUCGGAGAUGAAAUAUGUAAUUAUUUAACGAAUGAACUAACAGGUGUGAAGGCCUCUCUGAGGCCAAGUCAGGACAGGUUUCUUUUGAAGCUAUGGGUGAUUGACAUUAACUUUGAUGUUGUGAAGAGAUUAUCCUGUAUUAAAAAAGAAAAAAAGAUUAGGGAAGAAGUGUGA